AUGGCAGAGUCUGUUUUACUCGCUGUGGUGUCUUGCGAAGCUGACCCAGAGUCAGCUGACUCCGCAGAUCCCGCAGGAGUGAGUGGAGAUGUGGUGGAGCACCGAUAUGCCCGUGUACUCCAUGCCUGCUGCCCUCUCGUUUCUGCACUCAUGCGAGAAAUCACAGAGGAAGCCAUUAGUACAAUUGACUUCACUGUGAACGAGCUGAAGAAGAUCCAAAAGUGCCUAAGUCCAGAUUACUCAGAAUGCUCAGAGAGUCAGAGGGAGGAUGAUGAGGAGAGUAGCAACAGAGAGGCAUUUAUGAAGAUCACACUGAACUUUCUGAGGAGAAUGAAGCAGGAGAAGCUGGCUGACUGUCUCCAAAACAGAUCUCCCAUUGUAGUUUUUCAACAGCAACUCAAGUCUGUCUUGAAGAAGAAGUUCCAGUAUCAAGGGUACCUGCUUCCCUCUGCUCACCUCUGGAUAACCACACGACCUGCAGCAGCCAAUCAGAUCCCUCCUACCUGUGUUGGCAUCGUGACAGAGAUCAGAGGGUUCACUGAUUCACAGAAAAAAAAGUACUUCAGGAAGAGAUUUAAAAAAAGCAGUCUGGCCAAAAAGAUCAUCUCCCACAUCAAGACAUCACGAAGCCUCCACAUCAUGUGCCACAUCCCAGUCUUCUGCUGGAUCACUGCUACAGUUCUGGAGGAUGUGCUGAAAUCCAGGGAGGGAGGACAGCUGCCCAAGACCCUGACUGAGAUGUACAUCCACUUCCUGGUGGUUCAGGCCAAAGUGAAGAAGGUCAAGUAUGAUGGAGGAGCUGAGACAGAUCCACACUGGAGUCCAGAGAGCAGGAAGAUGAUUGAGUCACUGGGAAAACUGGCUUUUGAUCAGCUGCAGAAAGGAAACCUGAUCUUCUAUGAAUCAGACCUGUCAGAGUGUGGCAUCGAUAUCAUAGCAGCCUCAGUGUACUCAGGAGUGUUCACACAGAUCUUUAAAGAGGAGAGAGGACUGUACCAGGACAAGGUGUUCUGCUUCAUCCAUCUGAGUGUUCAGGAGUUUCUGGCUGCUCUCCAUGUCCAUCUGACCUUUAUCAACUCCAGAGUCAAUCUUCUAGAAGAACAUCAAACAACAUCCACAUUAUCUAAACUAUUUAGCAAACCAAAACUACAAUCUCUCCACCGCAGUGCUGUGGUCAAGGCCUUACAGAAUCUAAAUGGACACCUAGACUUGUUCCUCCGGUUCCUCCUUGGUCUUUCAUUGCAGACCAAUCAGACUCUCCUUCAAGGUCUGCUGAAACAGACAGGAAGUAGCACACCGACCAAUCACGAAACAGUCCAAUACAUCAAGAAGAAGCUCAGUGAGAAUCUGUCUGCAGAGAAAAGCAUCAAUCUGAUCCACUGUCUGAAUGAACUGAAUGAUCAUUCUCUAGUGGAAGAGAUCCAACAGUCGUUGAGAUCAGGAAGACUUUCCACAGAAAAACUGUCUCCUGCUCAGUGGUCAGCUCUGGUCUUCAUCUUACUGUCAUCAGGAAAAUAUUUGGAUGUGUUUGACCUGAGGAAAUACUCUGCAUCAGAGGACACUCUUCGGAGGAUGCUGCCAGUGAUCAAAGCUUCCAACAAAGCUGUACUAGCUGAAUGCAACCUCUCAGAACGAAGCUGUGUGGGUCUGUCCUCAGUUCUCAGUUCCCAGUCCUCUAGUCUGAGAGAGCUGGACCUGAGUAACAACGACCUGCAAGAUUUUGGCUUGAAGAUUCUGUCUGCUGGAGUAAAGAGUCCAGAGUGUAGAUUACAAAAACUCAGGUCAGAAUUCAGACUUUCAGUUUUAUAUCUGUCAGGAUGUGUGAUUGCAGAAGACAGUUGUACAUCUCUGGCCUCAGCUCUUAACUCCAACCCAUCCCACCUGAGAGAGCUGGACCUGAGCUACAAUCAUCUAGAGAACUCGGGAAUGAAGCUGCUGAAGGAUCCACGCUGGAGACAGGACACUCUCAGGUAUGACAUGCCUUUUGCUCAUUUAUUCAUCAUUAGGAUCGACACAAACACAGUGAACACAAACCUCCACAUUUCUGACAACAACAGGAAGGUGACACAUGUGGAGGAGGUUCAGUCAUAUCCUGAUCAUCCAGACAGAUUUGAUGGCUGGUUUCAGUUGCUGUGUAGAAAUGGUCUGACUGGUCGCUGUUACUGGGAGGUUGAGUGGAGAGGAAGAGUUGAGAUAUCAGUAAGUUACAGACAAAUUGCAAGGAAAGGAAAAAGCAUCGACUGUGUGUUUGGACACAAUGAUCAGUCCUGGAGUCUGGACUGCUUUGAUGAUGCUCCUCGCUCUCUCAGACACAAUAACAGACAAACACCCAUCUCCUCCUCCUCCUCCUCCUCCUCCUCCUCCUCCUCUGUCUCUAACAGAGCAGCAGUGUAUGUGGACUGUGAUGCUGGCACUCUGUCCUUCUACAGAGUCUCCUCUGACACUCUGAUCCACCUCCACACCUUCAACACCACAUUCACUGAAACUCUUUAUCCUGGGUUUUGGGUUUGUUCUGGAGCUUCACUGUCCCUGUGCUGAGUGGAGUGUAAAGAGUGUCUCCUGUUACAGAAACACUCUGACUGUUGAACAGAUAGUUCAGUC